AUGUCUAACCGAACCUACAAAGACGCCAUUGCGGCGCUCAACAGCCUCCAGCUGAACUACGCCUCCAUAGAAGCCCUCAAGCAGCAAAAGGACUUUCUGCCCAAACAGCGCUCCGAACUCUCCAUUGCCGAGGUCUACGAGUACAUCAGAAGAUUGGGCUACAAGCCGGUGGAGUUUGACCGUUUGAACGUGGUGCACGUCACCGGCACCAAGGGAAAGGGCCUGACUUGUGCUUUUGUGGACUCCGUGCUCAGACAAGAGAGAAUCAGAAUCGACGGCCAGCCGAUCACGGAACAGAAGUUUACAAAGUACUUUUACGAAGUGUGGGACCGUCUUUCGACCACUACGUCGCUGCCUGAGGAGUUUCCGCUGUUGCAGCCUUCGGACACCGUGAAGCCCAUGUACUUCAAGUACUUGACGGUGCUUUCGUUCCAUGUUUUUAUGUCUGAAGGCGUGGACACUGCUAUUUACGAAGUGGGCGUUGGCGGACGCUACGACUCGACCAAUGUCGUCCAGCACCCAACUGUCGCCGGCGUCACCUCUUUGGGAAUCGACCAUACCUUCAUGUUGGGCAACACCAUAGAGUCGAUUACGUGGAACAAGGCAGGCAUUUUCAAGCAGGGCUGUCCUGCCGUUGUUUCCGAGCAAACGGAGUUUCCCGAUCUGAUCAGCACCGUGAAGGAGGUGGCCGACGAGGUCGGCGUUUCGCUGUUUGAGAUCGUGGACUCCUCGAUCGUCCCCACCGAUAUCAAACUCGGCCUUGCGGGCGACUUCCAGCGCCAGAACGCCGCUGUGGCUGUGAAAUUGGCAGACAUCCACCUCCGGAAGCUUGGAGUGCCUGCCGCCGAGUUGCCUAACUGGAGCGAUUCUUCCUUGCCAGACAAGUUCAUCCAGGGCCUUGAAAACACCCGCUGGGACGGCCGUUGCCAAAAGCUCACGAACCAGGACGGCUUCGAAAAUAUCACCUGGUACAUUGACGGCGCCCACACGCUAGAGUCGAUCCACGUGGCGCUGAAGUGGUUUACGCAGAGCAUCACCAAGCAGAAACAGCGGCCUGGUACCCCAAGAAUCCUUUUGUUCAACCAGCAAUCGAGAGAAAACGCCGGCGAGCUUCUUACCAAGCUCCACGAAAACCUCUCCGAAAACAAUGUGAAGUUUGACCAUGUCAUUUUCACCACCAACAUCACCUGGUCUGACGGAAGCUACAACAGCGACCUUGUCUCGCUCAACAACUCCAAGGAGCAGGUGGACAAGUUGGUGAUCCAGAAGGAGUUGGCAGAGAAGUGGGCCGCUUUGGAAAAGGGCACGGCGCAGACGUCACGGAAACACAUUUUCCCUAAUAUCGAAACGAGUCUCAACUUCAUCAAGAGCUUGACCAACGACGACCACCACGUGGACGCUUUUGUGUGUGGGUCGUUGCACUUGGUGGGCGGGUUCCUAGCCGUGUUGGAAGGCGAAAGAGACUGA